UCUCUAUGGUUCCCGCCGGAAGGACGCGACUGCGUCAAUGCGGCGAACGCGGUUGCUAUGACGCCCAGGUCUCCGUCGGCACCUGCAGCUAGCAGCUGAGCGCGUGGGGGCCGAGCGACCCCGGGACGCUCGCGGCACCCUCCGCAGGAAAAUUUCCGACUUGGUUCUUGAGGUUCCUGCCUCAGCCCCAAGGAGGAAAGCACCCAUUCUCCCCUCUUUUCCGCAUUCCGGGCCUUUUCUGCUUCUCCCCAGUAUGGUCCGAAACUACAGGAGGGGGACACCUCCUGGCCCGGCCUUUCUGUUCCCUGGCUGGAGUGAUUCCGCCUGAAGGAGAAUUCGCCCGUUUUCCCCGGACCCAGCUGCCACAAGCAUUUAGUAUUAGGCUGCCGCUUAUUAUUAGAGCGGGCUUAGAACAUCCUCAGGGAGGUAGGUCGGCGUUCCUUUUCUCACUUAAAGGUGAGGUGUCGAGACGCGCCCCUGGACAGACAACGCCCGAAGGUCCAGGCCACUACGAAGUCCACGGAGGGGCAGCUUUCCCCUACGUGUAGGCCCGCGAACAAAGAACUACCGUUUUCUGAUUUUUUUUUGGCCGAUGUUCGUCAUGCAGAACCUUGAAUCCCGAUGAAGAUUUGGAGGCCUUUUGUAUCCUCAACAUCAGAGGUCAUGAAGUUGGAGUGCUGGAGUGCAGUAGCAUGAUCUCCGUUCACUGCAGCCUCAACCUCCUGGGCUCAAGUAAUCCUCCUGUCUUGUCCUCCCAAAAUGCUGGAAUUACAGUAUCAUAAUGAAGACCUGGAAAAAGACAAAACAUCACAAAACUGCCUAGGAAGAGGAAUGGAACAAGUAGCAAAGAAGUUAGGGGUGGCUCAUGAAGAGAUUCAAAGGCUCACUGAUGAACUACAAGUGAAGGAGAAGGAACAAUGUAAAUUAGAUUCUGCACUUAAGAAGGCUCAACUAGAAAUUGACAAAUUGAAGGAAAAUUUGGUAAAGCUGAAAGAAAAUGAUGCAGCUGACCUACAGAAAGCAAAGGAACAUAAUCAGAGACUGGAUGAGGAAAUUCUGGCUUUAAGAAAUAGGGUUCGAUCACUUGACUCAGAAAAAAAGGUGCUUGGUGAAAUGGUUGAAAGACUUAAAGGAGAGGUGUGUGAAUCUCAAGAGAAUAAGCAACUUGGAAACCACUCCCCUGGAAAAACUGUGGGUGGUGAACAGAGAGAACAGAUCCUGAAAAUGAGCCAAGAAAAAAAUGAAAUGUUUGAAAGUGAGUGGUCAAAAGAGAGAGAGAGAGAGAAGCAGUUGGCAUCUGGUCUUGACACUGCAGAGAAGGCCUUGAAAGUUGAAAGUGAGCAUCCAUCAUCUGGAGAAAAACUAAAAUACAACCAGCAAGGGGAAGUACAACAACUUUACCAGAAUUUGCACCGGCUCCAGAUUCUAUGCAACUCAGCUGAAAAUGAGCUUCGAUAUGAACGAGGGCAGAACUUGGACUUAAAGCAACAUAAUAGCUUACUUCAGGAAGAAAACAUUAAGAUAAAGAUUGAACUAAAGCAUGCCCAACAGAAGUUAUUAGACAGCACAAAGAUGUGCUCUUCACUCACGGCAGAGUGCAAGCACUGUCAGCAGAAAAUCAAGGAACUGGAGUUGGAAGUACUUAAACACACUCAGAGCAUUAAAUCACAGAACAACCUACAGGAAAAGCUGGCUCAGGAGAAAUCUAAAGUUGCUGAUGCAGAGGAAAAGAUUUUGGACCUGCAGCGCAAAUUAGAACAUGCUCAUAAAGUCUGUCUCACAGACACUUGUAUUUCAGAGAAGCAGCAGCUAGAGGAAAAGAUAAAAGAAGCAACAGAAAAUGAAGCUAAAGUAAAGCAACAAUAUCAAGAAGAACAACAGAAGAGGAAACUUCUAUAUCAGAAUGUAGAUGAGUUACACAGGCAAGUGAGAACCUUACAAGAUAAAGAAAAUCUACUGGAAAUGACCUGUUCUCAGCAACAAUCCAGAAUUCAGCAACAAGAGGCCCUACUUAAACAACUGGAAAAUGAAAAAAGAAAAUAUGAUGAGCAUGUCAAAAGCAACCAGGAAUUGUCGGAGAAGCUAUCUAAGCUUCAGCAAGAGAAGGAAGCUCUACGUGAAGAAUAUUUGCGAUUGUUGAAGCUGCUUAAUGUCCAUGUGAGAAACUAUAAUGAGAAACAUCACCAACAAAAAGUCAAGCUUCAAAAAGUCAAGUAUCGUUUAACUAAUGAAGUAGAACUACGAGAUAAGAGAAUUAACCAAUUUGAAGAUGAAAUUGGAAUCCUGCAACAUAAAAUAGAAAAGGAGAAGGCAAUACAGGACCAGAUCACUGCCCAAAAUGAUACCCUGCUUCUAGAAAAAAGGAAACUUCAGGAGCAAGUCAUAGAGCAAGAACAGUUGAUCCACAGCAACAAAUGGACGAUAUCUUCCAUCCAGAGCAGGGUACUUUACAUGGAUAAAGAAAAUAAGCAAUUACAGGAAAAUAGUCUUCGUCUCACACAGCAGAUUGGCUUCUUAGAGCGAAUUAUAAGGAGCAUCCAUAUUCGCAGAGGAGAGAAUCUUAAGGAGUUUCCUGUUCCAAAAUGGUGGCAUAGAGGCAAGCUGGCUUCUCUCCCUCCAACAAAGAAACAGAAAGAAAUAUACAGCACUGAGGUCUUCACCAGCAACAAUGCAGAACUCCAGCAUGAGGAUGAGUCAGUUCCUGAGGCCACAGAGAAGUGGAAACACUCUGAGCAGAUGGAAACAAUAAUUAGUGACAUCCUUGAAUCUGAAGUAGUGAAUGAAAUAUUGCCUUUAUCAAACUCCAGUUUUUCAGGAAAAGGUUUGGUAGAGUCAUUUGCAAGUCUUCAAGAGACUGAAGAGAUCAAGUCAAAAGAAGCAAUGGCAAGUUCAAAGUCCCCUGAAAAGUCCCCUGAGAAUCUUGUGUGUUCACAGAAUUCUGAGGCUGGAUACAUAAAUGUGGCUUCUCUGAAGGAGACACAUGGUAUACAAGAACAAGACCAAAAGUCAGAACUAUAAAAUCACUGGUGCCUAAAGCUAUACUGAACAAAAGUGCUAACUUAAAGCCUGGACAAAAGGUGGACCAUGACAUUGAGAAGAGUUACCACAGAUCCCAAAUGGAUAUCACCCAAGAGUCUUCAAAAUUGCUGAUAAAUUCAUUAAAGCAGUUGUAAAAAUGGAUUUCUCAAGUUUGUUGGAUAUCCUCAGAUGCCUUGUAUUGACCAAAAUAUUGACUUUAGUUCAAUGAUUUAUUUAGGUUUCUCUUCAGCAGAGCACAUGUAGGGUUAAUUCAACAUUCUUUCCCAUUAUCAUGGGUAUCUUUUCUGAUUUAUUUUUUAACAGUAAAAACAAUACAGUCACAUUAAAGCAAAUUUUGUUUUUAAAAAAACCCUCCUAUGCUGGGCGUGGUGGCUCACGCCUGUAAUCCCAGCACUUUGGGAGGCCGAGGUGGGUGGAUCACGAGGUCAGGAGAUCAAGACCAUCCUGGCUAACACGGUGAAACCCUGUCUCUCCUAAAAAUACAAAAAAAUUAACCGAGUGUGGUGGCGAGUGCCUGUAGUCCCAGCUACUCGGAAGGCUGAGGCAGGAGAAUGGCGUGAACCUGCGAUAGCACCACUGCACUCCAGCCUGGGUGACAGAGUGAGACUCCAUCUCAAAAAAAGCAAAAAACAAAAACAAAAACCCUCCUAUAAUACCACAAGCUUUUUUUUUUUUUUUUUUUGAGACGGAGUCUCUUACUCUGUCACCCAGGCUGAAGUGCAAUGGCAUGAUCUCCACUCACUGCAACCUCUGCCUCCCAGGUUCAACCAAUUCUCCUGCCUCAGCCUCCCGAGUAGCUGGGAUUAUAGGUGCCCGCCACCACGCCCAGCUAAUUUUUGUAUUUUUAGUAGAGACAAGGUUUCACCAUGUUGGCCAUGCUGGUCUUGAACUCCUGACCUCAGGUGAUCCACCCACCUCAGCCUCCCAAAGUGCUGGGAUUACACCAAUACCACAGUCUUAACACAACUAAUUUUAUUUUACAGUUAUUCCCUUUUGGUCCUAAUUCAAGUACAUAUAUUCUAAAUGGUUAUUAUAAUAUUGUAUAUUCAUUUUCACAGUUUGAUUUUUAAUUUACUGUAUAUACCAUGGAAACAUUUUCAAUCGCCAUAUGAUAUUCAAUUAUGUUGAUGUUCUAUAAUUAUUUUUAUGGGAAAAGUUUUAAAUGUUUAAUGAAGAAGAUUUAGAGCAAUACAUUAUUUAAAAGUGGAUAGGAGGUUGGGCGCGGUGGCUUACACCUGUGAUCCCAGCACUUUGGGAGGCCGAGGUGGGCAGAUCACCUGAGGUCAGGAGUUCGAGACCAGCUUGGCCAACUUAGGGAAACCCCGUCUCUAACAAAAAUACAAAAACAAUUAGCCAGGUGUGGUAGUGCGUGCGCCUGUAGUCCCAGCUACUGGGGAGGCUGAGGCAGGAGAAUCGCUUGAACCCGAGAGGCAGAGGUUGCAGUGAGCUGAGACUGCACCAGUGCACUCCAGCCUGGGCGGCAGAGCAAGACUCCAUCUCGAAAAAAUAAAUAAAAUAAAAUAAAAUAAAAGUGGAUAGGAAAAUACCAAGAGCUUUUCCUGGGGGAGGGGGUAUGAGAAGAGAGUUCACAUAAACCCCAUUACAUAGAAACUACCCCUAAAUAUUUCCAAACAGGAGUACAAAGUAGGUGAACAGUCUCCAGCUCAUCUUUAGUGUAGUGGGACUGCUUCUUCAGAAAAGAUCAGCAACAUUCACAUCCAUUUCAUCUAUCAGGGUAGAACAGUACUGCUCAGUAUUUCUGAGGAUGUGGAUGUUCUAUAAAUUAAACGUUCUCUUGUUUGGCAUUUAAGUUGUUUUUACUUUUUUUUUUGAGACAGGGUCUCACUUUGUAACCCAGGCUGGAGUGCAGUGGUUUGAUUACUGCUCAUGCAGCCUCAACCUCCCAUGCUUAAGUGAUCCUCUCUCCUCAGCCUCUCCCAAGUACAGGCAUGUGCUACCAUGCCUGGCUCAUUUUUGUACUUUUUAUAAAGACGAGGUCUCACUCUCACUCUAUUGUUCAAGCUGGUCUCAAAUUUCUGGGCUCAAGUGAUCCUUCCACCUAAGCCUCCUAGGUGAUAGGAUUAUAGGAUGAGCCUCUAUGCCAGGCCUGGUUUUACUUUUUUACUAUUUAAGAUUAUGCUGUGUUGAAGGUCUUUGUGCAUGUAGUUCUUUUCUUCUUUUGAAUUAUUCCAGAAAACAAAUUUGCAAGAUUGGACUAAGUCAAAGGAUAUAAAUGUUAAUAUUGCUCUAGGACAUCACUUCCUUUGCCUUAAAAAAGGGUUCUGCCUGGCCAGUUGCAGUGGCUCACACCUGUAAUCCCAGCAUUUUGGGAGGCCGAGGCAGGUGGAUCACUUGAGGCCAGGAGUUCAAGACAAGCCAGGCCAACAUGGCAAAGCCCUGUCUCUACUAAAAAUACAAAAAUUAGCCGGGUAUGGUGGUGCACACCUGUAGUCCCUGCUAUGCGGGAGGCUGAGGCUCGAGAAUCACUUGAACCCAAGAGGCAGAAGUUGCAGUGAGCUGAGACCACUCCACUGUACUCCAGCCUGGGCAAAAAGUGAGACUCUGUCUCAAAAAUAAUAAUAAUAAUAAUAAAUAAAUAAAUAAUAAAAUAAAUAAAAAGUGUGUCAACAUACUGUUUUCAUAGUCAAGUUACUCAACCUCCUUGAGCCUCAAUUUCUUGAUUCAUAAAAUGGGAACAAUAAUAGUUCUCUAUCCCAUAGGGUUGUGAGGACAAAAUGAAAUGAAGCAUGUCAAGUAUUUAGCACGUAGUAACUGCUUAAUAAAUGCUAUCAUCAUUUAUUUGCA